CAUGUGCGUACAGCUUUGGUGUGGCGACACAUUGUCUAGUAGUUGUAGAAUGCACAGCAGCUGAAAGGGAAAAAGGGACACACUCUGCUGCUGAGCAUGGUCUGAUCGGAGAGCGCGGACUGAAUGCAAGAAACAGAGAUGGCAAUAGACUUUGCAGAAAUGAUGAAAUUAGAAACAACUCUGUGUUACGCAGGUCAGUUUGGAUGCGUCUCUUGCAACGAGCAGAACUUGCUGUGCAAACUUACUGAAAAUAUGGAAUCGUUGGAGGGAUCUCUGUCAUCAGAAGUGGGAUCUGCUUUGCCUACUGAUCGUGCCACCGAUCCGUAUUUGUUGGCGUUGGAGCUGCAAAACCGCAACCUACUGGAAAUCAUCAAAAACAUGCAGACACCAAGGGCACCGCCAACCGAUGGAAAAGCGUCAUAUGUAGCUCUUCCAAAAUUCAAUCCUGACAGUGCUGGAGCAGAUGCUUCCUCUUGGUGUUCAACAGUGGACCUAAUUUUUGCGGAUAACGUGCUCGAGGGUAGCAAUCUGGUGAUCGCCCUAAGCAAGGCACUAGAAGGCGGCGCAUCACAGUGGCUUUCCCAAAUUUGCUUUGCCGGCAUCACUUGGGCGCAGUUCAAGGAGCUGUUUAUACAACGCUUUGUUGGAAUUGAGACUUCUGCCGCCAUGCUGUUAAAUGUUCUGAAUGGUCGACCAAAGCCGGAGGAGGGCUUCGCUGAAUACGGUAGCCGUAUUGUUACGCUACUUAUGUCAAAAUGGAAAGCCAAGGAUUUGGAAGAAAUAGCGGUAUCUGUGACUCUGGCUCACAUGGCGCAAAUAGAUAACAAGUUGACGCACUUGGUUUUUACAAACAACGUAAAAACUCGCAAUGAGCUACAACAACAGUUACACGCACACUCUUUCAAAAAGCGCAGUAUAGAUGACGAUUCAACAGGCUCGGAGCGCAAGAAGUUCAAGUCUCCGACACCGACGGAAUGCAAUUACUGUGGAAAGGGUGGUCAUAAAUACGCCGAAUGCCGUGCUCGCUUGGAAAAGGGUCAGAGCAAAGGCAAAAUCAACAGCGGCAGCAACAUGACUGGACCGAAGGAUUGGUCAAGUGUCAAAUGCUUUAAAUGUGACGAAAUAGGACAUUUUGCAUCCGCUUGUCCAAAAGGCCGUACGUAUGAGAAGCGGGUAGAUAUCUGCACAGUAGCUCCACCGACUGGAAUAAUGAGGGCAUCCGGUGAGUCUAUUCCAUUUUGUUUUGAUUCAGGUGCUGAAUGCUCCUUAGUGGAGGAAAGCGUCAUGGAUAAAUUUAAGGGGAAACAAAAGAAUAAAUAACAUUGUAAAACUUAACGCCGAGGGUACAUACAUAGGUGGUAGGCAUUUUUGCAAAUCGUUUGAGAUUGUCAAAAUAUUAAAUGGAGAUAGAUGUCUGUCCUUAGCAAGUAAGCGAAUUUACAAAUAUUCCCAUGAAUUCUUAAGAGCUUUGCCGAACAAUCAGCUAAUACGCAAAGAUAGAGACGGCAUGAUGGAAAAAGCGUCUGACAAUAAAGAAAGAGAUUCAAAAAGAAAAAAAAAAAAGGGGUGGCAUAAAUUAAUGUAUAGAGAUAUACCGAACAGAAUUUAAUGUUAAAAAGUGUUAAAGGAACUACACUAAAGUUAUUUCAUUGUGUUAAAGGAAUUACACAAAUGUUUAAAAGUGUUAAAGGAACUACACUAAAGUUAUUUCAAUGUGUUAAAGGAAUUACACAAAUGUUUAAAAGUGUUAAAGGAACUACACUAAAGUUAUUUCAAAGUGUUAAAGGAACUACACUAAUGUUAUAUCGUAAGACGUGUAAAAGGAAUUACAAAAUUGUUAAAAUGUGCCAAAGGAAAUGCACAAAGGUUUUAUUUUACAAAAGAGAAUAAUGUUAUUAAAGAAUAACAAAAUGAAUUAAUAAGAUUAUGUUUAAUUGAAGAAAUGUAAUGAAUACAGAAGAUUUGAUAUUUA